AUGUACGGCAUCAAAAAAGUUCCCUUCCCCACGCUUUGCGGCAAACUCGCACAGAGCUCAUCAUGGCAUAGGAUCAAGGCGCUCUCGCGCUCGGCAUCCGCCAUCCAGGCCCCCGGGUCCGAUGUACAGCGACAACCGCGCAACCUCGAUCCCGCACUCCACCCGUUCGAGAGGGCAAGAGAGUACACGCAAGCCCUUAAUGGAGUGAAGCUCGAGAGGAUGUUUGCUGCACCCUUUCUGGGCCAGCUCGGGCGUGGCCAUGUUGAUGGCGUCUACUCCAUGGCCAAAGACCCAAACUCCCUUCAACACUUUGCAAGCGGUAGUGGCGACGGUGUAGUAAAAGUAUGGGACCUUACAAGCCGCGAGGAGACAUGGCAGACCUCUGCGCAUGAGAACAUCGUGAAAGGCCUGUCAUGGACUCGCGAGAAGAAACUCCUCAGCUGCGGCUCCGACAAGGCCAUCAAGCUCUUCGACCCUUACAACACACCCUCCGGCGCUGCACCCAUAGCCACUUGGCUCGGCCAAGGCGCGUUCAACAGCCUGUCACACCACCGGCACCUCCCCUCUUUCGCGGCUUCUAGCAGCGUCAUAUCAGUCUACGAUGAGAACCGUCCCGGCUCGACACCAACUCAAACCCUCUCCUGGCCUACCUCCGUCGAUACCAUAAACGCGUGUUCCUUCAACCAAGUCGAGACCUCUCUCCUCGGCGCCUGCUCGACCGACCGCGCAGUCAUACUCUACGACCUACGGACAUCGAGUCCACUCUCAAAAGCAGUCCUCACCCUCGCCUCGAACGCCUUCGCUUGGUCACCAAUGGAAGCCUUCAACUUCGCCGUCGGCUCCGAAGAUCACAACGUAUACCUCUUCGACAUGCGGAACAUGAAGCGCGCACUGAAUGUGCUCAAAGGUCACGUCGCCGCUGUUAUGGACGUCGAGUUCAGCCCCACGGGCGAGGAGCUCGUCUCCGCCAGCUACGACCGCAGUAUCCGCCUUUGGGACCGGUCGAAGGGUCACAGCAGAGAUAUGUACCAUACUAAGCGCAUGCAGCGCGUCUUCUCCUGUGCUUUCAGCCCCGACAACGCAUACGUGCUCUCCGGCAGCGACGAUGGGAAUGUGCGUUUGUGGCGCGCGCGUGCCUCGGCGCGUCAAGGCGUCAAGACAGCUCGCCAGCGCCAAGCUCUCGAGACGCAGGAGGCGCUUAAGCAGCGGUAUAGCCAUAUGCCGGAGAUCAAGAGGAUCGCGAGGCACAGGCAUCUACCGAGGCAGGUCAAGAAGGCGGGCGAGAUCAAGGGAGAGGAACUUAAGGCGAUCAAACGGAGGGAGGAGAAUGAGAGGAGGCACUCGAAGAAGGGGACGGUUAGGAGGAGGGCAGAGAGGGAGAAGAUGGUGCUGGCGACGGAGCAGUAG